AUGACCACCACCACAAAUACAGCGACCAGAAAGCGCAAGUCUGAUACAAUCACUUUGGCAGCUGCAAAGAAAGCGAGAUUGGCAGAAGCUGCCCAUUCAGAGACGGUCACAAACAUCCUCUCGGACGCGUCAAAUUACAAGUUUCCGAGUACCCCUGAGGCUGCGCGUGAAUUGAUUUUAGAACUCGCACAAUACGCGCGCAGCCUAGAGAAUGAGAUAGACGGAUACAAACCGAAGGCGAAAUCACCGGCCGAGUUGGUGGCAGCUGCAGAAAAAUUAGCAAAUGCUGCGAAGAGCGGAAUUCGUAAACAAAUGACGUGGAAACCUUCUUGCAAAAAAGGCUCUGCGAAAUGGGUGUACGACGGGGUAUGCAACGAUCCUGAGGUUAUGGGUAAGCUUUUGGGGCUUGAUGGACCACCAACCUUCAAGACAUCGAAGAUGGACAAAGAUAAAUUCGAAGUCCUCAUUGGGAAUUUAAACGUUUCUGUUCGGUAUGACAUGCUCAGAUUAACGUCCGACGUCAAUAUCCACUGGAAACCAACCGAUGGAACAUUCAAGUUCAGCGGAAAUUAUGGCAUAUAA